AUGUUAGGAAAGCAAAUAGAAAAUGCAAUGGAGACUGAGUUAAAGUGUCGCUUGUUCUGUACUUCGAUAUCAAUGGCUUCAAAAAAGUUAGAGGAAAUAGAGUCAGGAAACACUUUAUCAGAGAACAAUUCAAUUCCUCUUAAUUCACCAUGUGAAACAUGGAAAACGCAUCCUAUUGAAAUUUUUCAGAAGAGAUUAAGCUCUAACAUUAAGAAAACUGAGACGACUUCAAAGUCAGUCAUGGAGUUUUAUCGACGACAAGAUGAACAUAUUCGUGAAUUGGAGAAGAUCGCAACUAUUAUGGAGGCAGAAACCUCCGAUGUAGAAGUAACCUCCAAUCAUCAUUCUAUUAGGCGGCAAACGCGAAUUAAUACAAUGAUUAUUGGUGUUGUAUUUUGUGCCAACGUGGUACUUUUAUUGGGUAAAGCUGUAGCAUCUGCAUUAUCAGGGUCAUUAGCAAUCAUAUCAUCUUUGUUAGAUAGUUGUGUCGAUUUGGCUUCCGGUGGAAUCAUGUGGUUUGCUGCUCGUCAAAUGCGUAAAAGGAAGCCAUACAAAUACCCAGAAGGGAGAACACGACUUGAACCAUUAGCAGUGAUUGUACUCUCUGUAUUUAUGGGUAGUAUAUCUAUACAACUUGUAGCUGAAUCUGUACAAGCCAUUGUUCGUAUGUCACAAAAUAAUCAAGAGGCACCAAACGUUAAUGAUUUAGCAUUGGGAAUAAUGGCAUCCGUAAUUGUGACUAAACUAAUCUUAUGGAUCAUUUGUUUUAAAUUUGGUGGUGGAAUGGCUAUCGAUGCGCUUAAAACCGAUCAACGUAACGAUAUACUUACGAAUGCUGCAUCAAUUUUAUUUAGUGGUCUUGCUGGACGUUUACAACAAUACGAAAAUCUGAAGUAUUUAGAUCCCGUUGGCGCUAUACUUAUUGGUUCUUAUAUUUUGUAUUCUUGGUAUCAACUUGGUGCUGAACAGAUACGUAAUCUAGCUGGUCAUACAGCUAAUCCAAGAUUUAUUCAAAAGAUUGCAUUCGUUUGUCUUAAUUAUCAUCCGUUGAUUGAACAAUUGGAUACCAUUAGGGCAUUUCAUUUUGGUGAAAACUUCUUGGUUGAAGUUGACAUUGUGUUACCUAAAGAAAUGUGUCUUAAAGAAGCUCAUGAUAUUGGUGAAGGGUUACAAAAGAAAUUGGAAAAAUUAGAAACAGUUGAACGAGCUUUUGUACACUUAGAUUAUGAAUUUUCACAUCGUCCAGAAAUUUUUUAUCAAUUUGUUAAAAUCAACCUCUAUCCCUUUCUCCUUAAGAGUAGAGGAUAUUCGAAACUUGCGGAACGAAAAAGUUCAGCUGUUUUAUCAAAGUAG